AUGUCUGCGGCAGAGGUUGAUCUCGACCAACUCUCUGACAGUGAGAGAUUGGCUCUAGAUCAGUAUUCAGGGGUAACAGGACAGGACCCUGCAGAGGCUAUACCGUUGCUGCGUCGGUCACAAUGGAAUGUUCAGAUUGCUAUCUCCAAGUUCUUUGAUGGGGAAGGUCCUGAUCCACUGGAAGAAGCUCGAGCUGCUCUCUCUGAACCUGCACAGCCCUUUCAGCCACGACCAGGAGUCAAUCUGAUGCAUGAAGACAUUCUGCAACAAGUUCGACCAUCCCGUCACAGCUCCGAGCCUGCCCCACGGAUUGAUACGCAGCCCGAGAAUCAGCCUGCCCACCGACCCCCUCUUAUUCUUGCCAUCAUCUUCACCCCGUUCAACCUUAUCUACCGACUUCUCCUCAGCUCCUUCCGACUCUUUGGGACACUCUUUCCCUUCCUUCCACGGCUUUUACACGCAACCGCGAGCCCGGCGCUUCAAGGGACUCGACAAAACACAACCGGGCGUCGACCGCUGGCGCCCAAGGAUACAGCUGCGCGAUUCAUUCGAGAAUUCGAAGAGGAAUACGGUGCAAAUCCUCUUCCUUUCCUUGAGAAUGGGUACAACAUGGCCUUGGAGCGAGCUCAUCGCGAACUCAAGUUUUUGUUGGUGGUUUUAUUGUCUCCCGAGCACGACGACACACAUACCUGGGUCAGAGAGACCCUCCUGUCACCCGAGGUGGUUGAAGUCAUCAAUCCUUCGGGUAGCGAUGGAGAAGUUGUCGUCUGGGGCGGCAAUGUUCGUGAUUCGGAAGCUUACCAAGUUGCCAACUCGUUGCGGGUGACCAAAUUUCCCUUUGCGGCCGUCAUCUGUCACACUCCCAAUGUUUCUUCCACCGCCAUGUCUGUCGUCGCUCGUAUUGGCGGACCUCUGUCCGCGUCGGAGUUUAAGCAACGACUGACUACUGCUUUGGACUCCAACCGGGCGCCACUAUCACAGAUUCGUCAGGAACGAAGCCAACAGCAGGCCUCCCGGAACCUUCGUGAAGAGCAAGACUCUGCGUAUGAGCGAUCCUUAGCAAUUGAUCGCGAACGCGCUCGUCUUCGCCGAGAGGCGGAGGCAGCUCAACAGCGAGAAGAGCAGGCUGCUGCAGAGCGUGAGGCUGCAGAGCAGAAGCACCAGCGGGAUUUGGCUCAAUGGAAGCUAUGGCGAGUACAACAGCUAGGCGCAGAACCGGAAGCGGAUGAGAAGGAUACAGUGCGGGUUAGCGUGCGAUUGCCCUCAGGCGAUCGCAUUAUGCGCCGUUUUGCACCCGAUGCAGAUAUAGAAGAGCUAUAUGCAGUAGUCGAGUGCUACGAAACUUUACAGGACGAAUCUCGGCCCACCGACGUGGAAAAGCCCGAUGGCUACGAGCAUCAGUACGGGUUCCGCUUGGUGUCCCCAAUGCCGCGCGCAGUCCAUGCCCUCGAGGGCGGUGGCACGUUACGCGAAAAGAUUGGACGGGGUGGCAAUCUACUCGUCGAACCCAUUGAAGAAGACGAAGAAGAAGAAGAAGAUGAUGAUGAUGAAGGAAUGGCUGAAAAUAACUCGACAUGA